AUGGCGGCGCAUGGCGGGCACGGCCGUGUGGUGCCUCCUCCUGGCAAGAAGGCGAAGGCACAGCCAUCGAAGCUUCCCGUGGCCAUACUCACGGGGUAUCUUGGUGCUGGAAAGACAACGCUCCUCAACUACGUGCUCCAUGAGCAGAGGGACAAGAAGCUUGCCGUGAUCGAGAACGAGAUCGGUGAAGUCAGCAUCGACGAUGCGCUAGUGGAGCAAAAGCAUGACGACCUUGCCGAGGAGCUCGUGUUGUUAGACAACGGAUGUAUAUGCUGUACAAUUCGUGGUGACCUUCAGAAGACUCUGAAGGACCUUGCGGCGAAGGUGCAGAGAGGCCAGAAGCUGGAUGGCGUCCUGAUCGAGCUGACUGGCGCAGCGGACCCAGCUCCUGUGGUACAGACGUUCAUGGUCGACGAG